AACUCCUCUCCACAGGGAAUUGGCACACUUAUGGAAACAGCUGUUUCACCAUCAUCCUCCAUGUGUGACAUGAAUUAUAAUAUAAUGCAUGGGUGUCAGUACAAACAGACAGAGCUGCUGGUACUUUGUAGAGAUCAUACUGUAAUCUGACAUAUAACUUAAAAUGGCAUUAUGGGUAAAGUUAUGUCAUGUGCAUUUUUUAAAUUUAGAGGUCAGCCAAUCAGGUUGUUUCCCUCCAGAUGGUCGGUGAUGUCAGACUGUUGUUUCCACUCCACCACACGUCCAGGAUCAGUGACAAAAGCUCCAUUCAGAGAGUCUUUUGUUGUGGAUUGAAGCCAGCACAGAGACUCAGUGUGGGAACCUGAGAACAACUUUCUACUCACACUGACCACAGGACACAAGACUGGGCCGCAUCUGGACACAGGCAUGGUCACUGUUGUUAUGUAUGAGGUGGAAUCAGGAUCAAUACAGACCUGUCCAAUGUAGACCUGAGCAGACACACAAUACAGAGGAGGAAUUGGUAAAAACACACCACAUCAGAUUCAUUAGAGAUGGUAUUUUCACUGUAUGUCCAAACUGGGGGGCGGGGCACAGAUGAAUCCUUUCAUAAAUAUUAAUUAUGUUGUUGAGUUUGUGUUAUGGGAAGAUUCUAGAGUAAAUGAUUAGACUUAAGGUUUAAAAGAAUCCAGUUCUUCUCUAAAACUGUUCCCAGAUCAGUCUGUCAGGCUGCAGCUGACAUAUUAAUAAUAUAAAUCUGUAGAAUAGAAGGCAGAUUAUUCACCUUAAAGAUGAUUUAAAUUUAAAUUCAGACAUUGAUAGUUUACUAACUGUAGUGUGAAGUACUUCAAGAGGUGGUCAGUACUAGAAAAGUACACAUGAUAUACACAGAUAAGGAGUAAAUAACAGUAGGAGUCAGUUCCAUUCUCUGUAUAAAAUGAUCAACUGUCCCAGUUCCAUGUUAGUAAAGUCAUUGAUCAGUGGUUCCCUGGUCAAAGUCAUUGAUCACCAUCAGGGUCACCACUUUCCCAGAUCCACACAGAGCUCUGAGAGUCUCCCUCCAUCACCCCCCAGUUCUCCACCUGUUCCCCUCAGAUCUAACUAUUGUCCCUGGGGGCUAUUGGAGCAAUUCACUGUGUUGAGGCUCCACACGUCCCUUUGUCUCUGUGAGGCUCUGUGAUUGGCUGAGAGUGUGAGAAAGUGCAAUCAGACCCAGACCCACACAUUCAUAUGGAGAUGUGGGACUAUAAAUAGGAGGAUGAAGCCAGCAGAGAUCAGACUCUCUCUACAGAGACCUCUACAGCACACACAUCCAGACAUGGCUCCUACAAUCACUGCAGCAGUGACCAACUCUCAGCAGCAGCAGCAGUAUCAUCAUCAUCAUCUGACUGGGACUCACAAGCUCAGAAAGCCUCUGGUGGAGAAGUUACGCAGAGAGAGAAUCAACAGCAGCAUUGAGCAGCUCAAGUCUCUCCUGGGUCCAGAGUUCCUCAAACAGCAGCCAGACUCCAAGCUGGAGAAAGCAGACAUCCUGGAGAUGACAGUUUUCUUCCUGACACAGCUGCAGCAGCAGCAGAAUCAGCAGCAGAGACUGACGAUCAACAACUUCAACCAGCUGCACUGUUCCUCUGACAACAACCUGACAGAGGCUGACUUCUCUCCUCUGAGCUCCACAGUCCACAGCAGUGGCACCAAAGACAAGAGGAUGUUGUGUUAA